AUGCAUAUAUUUCGUGUUUUUUUAAAUUUCAAAUUUUUGCUUUUUAUGCAACUUUGCAAAUUUUUUGCCGUUCUUAUGUUUAAUUUUUCCAUUUUUUGGUUUACUUUACUAAAAUACUUUUACUUUGAAAAAUUUUUUUGUAAAAUAUUAGCCAUUUUUAUACAAAUUUGCUAUUUUUUGUACUUCUUUGCCAAAAUUUUGCAAUCGAAAAGCACGCUCGAAAUUUUAAAAAAAAUAAUUUCUUUGAAACCAAUUUAA